CUCUUUCCUUCGUGAACGAGAGGGUUUGAUGAACUUCAUCUGUUCACCACCUAGAUCAAUAUUAGGUUGAGAUAUAGGAGCUUCACAACGACACCUUGUUGCAAUUGCUGUAGAGAACCUCUACAAAUCCAAUUCUUCCCAAGGCUGUCACCGCUGUCGUUAACGUUCACAUUGCGGUUCACAGGUUCUGUCUUGACCAACUCAUCCCGAAUUCGAUCCUGGAAGUUACCAUGACCAGCGUUCUACCACCCUUUGUUCAGGCAGCAUCAGGCUCACUGGGAGCAGCGAGCGCCAAUGCGCUGACUUACCCACUCGAUCUCAUCACCACCCGUAUACAGGCCACAGAGAAGGGCACAUCCAUACGCAAACAGAUCCACACCUAUGGACUAUCGUCGUUAUACGAUGGCAUUGGGGCAGAUACUGGUGCUACUCUACUUUCAAGCUUUCUGUAUUACUACGUGUAUUCCUUCCUGCGAGCAGUCGUUGUUCGCGGAAAUGGGAAGUCGAAGGCAGCCAUGUUGUCUCUUCCACAGGAGCUUGCAAUUGGUUACCUAUCAGGGAUUGCUAGUAGAUCCAUCACGACACCUCUCAAUCUCAUUACGGUGCGCUUGCAGACCGCUCGAGUGAGCGAUGAUUCCUCGGCACAAGGAGGAACGUCACGGUUCACGGCAAUUUGCCAACAAAUACUUCGAGAAGAGGGGUUACGGGGAUUCUGGAAAGGGUUCUCAUCCAAUUUUGUGCUUUCGCUCAAUCCUGCGGUCACACUCUAUCUGUUCCAGCAGUACAGACGUGUGAUGCUCAAGGGGAAGGAACGUGACUCCCCACCUCCAGGCCACUCCUUCGUAGGGGGCGCGCUUGCAAAUUCCAUAGCCGUCAUUAUGUUAUACCCGCUGCUGCUCGCAAAGACUGUCGUACAAGCUUCUCGUAGAUCUAAUUCAACCAACAAUUCAUCACAGGGCGCAUCAAUACGAUCAUCACUCCAAGGAAUAUAUACCGCUGGCGGAUUCUUCGCCUUAUACCGUGGUCUCUCGGCGCAGUUGUUCAAGGGCAUACUGAGGCAAGGAACAGCUAUGAUGGUGAAACAAAGGAUCGAGCAACUGGUUGUACAGGCUUAUCUCAGACAGAGAGCACUGCGUCGCGUCCAAUAUAAGGGUUAAAUAGGCACACCCAAACGUUCUCAAGUGCCAAUGUGUAAUAUGUUUUAUCGAAUGUAAGUAUUUUCGAAAAAUAGUCAGUACGGAGGUAUCAGUAUGGUCCAAGUCCGAGUACAUUUGAAAGCCCUCUGCUUAGAAAGAGCUUAAAGAGUCAGCCACUUGGCGAGCA